UUAAUCUUACUAGUUUGACAGUGGCGGAAGUGAGCGACUAAACUGGCGAUUAGGGGAAUAACUGCUGAGCCAGAAUCAAAUAAAUAAAGGAUUAAUAUCGAGUCACCACCUUGUGUAAGCCCGUCACACUGUCCACAAUGUCCAGGCAAUCCAACCGAACAACAGACAGCAAGAAGAUGAACUCUGAGCUGUUCACGCUGACUUAUGGAGCUCUGGUCACCCAGCUUUGCAAAGAUUAUGAGAAUGACGAGGAAGUCAAUAAACAAUUGGACAAGAUGGGUUAUAACAUCGGAGUGCGUUUGAUCGAGGACUUUCUGGCACGCUCCAGCAUCGGCAGGUGUCAGGAUUUCCGAGAAACAGCCGAUGUCAUUGCUAAGGUUGCGUUUAAGAUGUACCUGGGAGUCACCCCCAGUGUGACCAACUGGAGCCCAGCGGGAGAUGAAUUCUCCCUCAUCCUAGAGAACAACCCGCUGGUUGACUUUGUGGAGCUGCCCGAUAACCACAGCACACUGAUCUACUCCAACCUGCUGUGUGGGGUCCUCAGAGGAGCCCUGGAGAUGGUCCAGAUGGCGGUGGAUGUGAGAUUUGUCCAAGACACUCUGAGAGGGGACAACGUGACAGAAAUCCGCAUGAAGUUCAUCAAGAGGAUUGAAGAAAACCUCCCAGCAGGAGAUGAGUGAUGGAAACUCUUUCAUCAACUUCUUUGUCUCAUUUCAGGAGGAUUAAGUUAUGCACGGAAACACUUCACACACAGACUGAAAGGAUGAAGGAACUGAACUCAAAACAUCAGUUGUGUUACAUCUCAAUAGCUCAACAUGUAUUUCCUUUCCUUGCAACUUUAUAUGUUGUCUGAGAGUGUUGAUCACUCACUCAAGAGUCAUGGCUGAAAUUGCAACACCUCCUCAAUUCCUAGUAUCUCCAUCUUCUGUUAUCUUUUCUAUCUGUGUUGUGAGGAGUGAAUGUCAGGAAUUAGAAGAGACUAUUGAGAUUCACCCAGGUGUAAAGGAACACUGUACGCUAUUGAAGCACAACACCAUAACAUGGCCCUGCUACCUUGAAUAAUUUGUGGAUUAUAAAAAAUUGUCAGCACUGAUCUGUGGUCCAGUUUAAGGGAAAGGCUCUUUAUUUUUAAUUUUAUACUUAUUUCCUGGAGGUGUUCUGUGUAGUUUGACAGUAUUUAAUGGUAAUUUGUUAGGACAUUUUACAGGAAGGGUGGUGCAGUUUAGUACAAAUUACAAAAAAGACACGAAAAAAGUUUUAAUUUGGU